UAUCCUUGUUGCCAUUCAAACCAAAGUCUAAAUAUGUACUGGUAACACCUUCCAUUACUCAGCAGUAAAGUUCAGCCCUAAGGAGAGAACCAGCCAGCCCAGUUAAAUAACAAGGCUUUAACCCGCCUCUCCUCUGUACAGCUUGCACACUGCCCCUGUUCUCAGUCCUUGCCAAGAUGGCCCAGCAGCUGCUAUCCCGGGCACUGGUCUCUGCCAGUUGGCUCUCUGCAGCCCUGAAAGGAAGUCAGACAGGGGCAGCCUUGAGGGUCCUGGAUGCCUCGUUCUACUUUCCAGCCAUCAGAGAUGGGCGCAAGGAGUAUGCAGAGAAGCACAUACCAGGGGCUUUGUACUUUGAUAUAGAUGAAUGCAAAGACAAGUCAUCCCCAUACGAAGUGAUGCUGCCCAGUGAAGCUGAUUUUGCCAAGUAUGUGGGUAAACUUGGCAUUAACAAUGAGAGUCACGUGGUAGUGUAUGAUGCUGACCAGCUGGGCAUGUACUAUGCACCACGUGCCUGGUGGAUGUUUAAAGUAUUCGGGCAUCAGAAGGUGUCAGUGUUGGAUGGGGGUUUCCGCAAUUGGCUAAAGCAGGGGCUUCCGGUGACUACAGAGGUGCCCCAGGUGAAGCCAGAGACAUUCAAGGCAGUGUUGGACUCCUCCCGUGUAAAGAGCUAUGAGGACAUCCUGAGGAACAUGGACAGCAAGGAGUUCCAGCUGGUAGAUUCCCGAUCUGAGGGGAGAUUCCAAGGGUCAGAGCCUGAACCAGGAGAAGGAAUCAAUCCAGGACACAUCCCAGGAUCCUCAAACCUUCCUUUUACUAGUUUCCUCACAGAAGAAGGCUACGAGAAGUCUCCAGAUGAAAUCCGGAAUCUCUUCCACCUCAAAGGCAUUGCUCUGGACAAACCCCUCACUAUUACCUGUCGCCGUGGUGUCACUGCCUGUCAGCUUGUCAUGGCCUCCUACAUCCUUGGCAAGGAAGACACUGCAGUCUAUGAUGGCUCCUGGUUUGAAUGGUUCCACCGUGCCCAACCACAACACAAGGUUUCCGAAUGGAAAAAGGAAUAAAUACAGUAUAAGAUACUUCUAGGCAAUAUCCAUAUUUACUGAACAAUGUCCACCACAAAUGGUAGACAGGAUAGUAUAAUUAAAGUUGGUAUUGCACAAGCAUGAUAGGAUUGUACAUUGUGAUAUAUUCUUGCUGUAUAUCUGAUUUUCUGUACUUAAAGUUCUGAAAUCAACUAGGUAUUUUUCUACAUUUUAUGCAUGUUAACAUCAAUAAAAUGUGCUGAUUUAUUGACAAA